AAGCGGAGCUCCACUCAAAAGGGGAAGUUCCACUUUAAGGCCUCGUCCCGCGCUCCCUGCUAUGGAUUGGCCCCUUUGGAGAGCGAGUACCUGAUUUUGACAGGUACCUGCUCCCACCUCCGCUGCGAUCACCUAGGCGAUCAGAAGUGGAAGUUGUCCACCUACCCUCCUUCCCUGUUGUCUUCUGGGACACAUGACAGGUCCCAGAAGACUACAAGGCCAUUCACAAAGUGCAGUGCUUCUCACGCAUGCGCAGUGGGCACCCAGCUGUGAAGCCACAAGCUAUCACAGUUGGGUGCCCACACUAAAGAUGCCGGCGCCAGGGAGAGAAGACGGCCGGUGAAACCAGCAAUGGUGAAGACACCGCUGGACCGAGGGACAGGUAAGUGGCU